CCUUCUGAUACUCUGCUGAGACACAAACGUCUUUCCACCAUCACCAUGACACUCAAUGGCGACACGAACGUCCUCGAAGGCAUCCUUCGUGAGCUACAAGCACUCCGUCUCAAGAAUGACCAGCUGGAAGCAAAGCUCGACAACUUGACUGCUUCAUCGUCUUCGCACAGCCGAAGAUACUCUUCCUCUGGCCUCACCCCAGUCACCUCUCCCAAUGCCCUCGAGCCCACCUCACCUCGACUAGGGCUCGCACUGAGCAGCAGCAUCCCACCCAUUUCCGGUGAGAUCCCGCCAUCAGCUGCAGGUACGGUCACUCCGAAUCCGAUUGUGGCCUCUAUCUACCCUCAGAGGGUCAUUCUUACCACUCACCCUGGUCAGCCGGGUAUUCGACCACUGCCAAUGGAGUGGGCCGCAAAGGACUGGAAGUCCAGAGGACCCGUGGUGGCUUCUAGACACCCCAACAGUAUCAAGAUCCGCAACGCCCUCGGUGCGUACGGUGGAUCUUACUCCAUCUACCGCGCCCUCGCAACCGCCAUGGGUCAACUUGAUCCCAAUCAUCGUCCCGACUUCACCAACACGGAACCCUCUUUUGACAUUCCACCCAAUCCAACCUGGUUUGACAAGGGAAAGAUCGUCUCCCUCGACCCGUGGGGUCAUCUUGCUCCCCAGCUCUUCAAGAGCGAAUUUGACGCUGGUGUGGAUGUGAGGCCGACGAUUGCUAUGACUCGGGCACAUAUCAAGAUGCCUGAACUGGAUCAGGCGAUUAUGGUUGGUAAUUUGCAUGUGGACGGGAAGAUUGUGGUACCGUCGACGCAUCUGCCGGGACAGGAUCCCAGCACCGAUCCCGGAGUGGAGAUCAACACUUCCAAGGCCGCUGUUGAGCCCGUCUGGUACCUCCCAGGUGUAGCGGAACGCCUCGGCGUCCCAGAAGGUCUGCUCCGUCGAGCCCUCUUCGAGGACUCGGGCGGAUCGUACCCUGAGCUCCUCACCCGUCACGACCUCAAGGUAUUCCUACCACCCAUCAAUGGUCUGACCGUCUACAUCUUUGGUCCGCCAGAGUAUCUUCGAGACCCUACGAAGGAGGUCACUGUCAGAGUGCACGAUGAGUGCAACGGCUCCGACACGUUCGGAAGUGACAUCUGCACCUGCCGUCCCUACUUGGUGUACGGCAUCCUCGAGGGAAUCAAGUGCGCUCAGCGAGGCGGUGUAGGCUGCAUCGUCUACUUCCGCAAGGAAGGUCGCGCUCUAGGCGAAGUAACAAAGUACCUCGUUUACAAUGCCCGAAAGCGAGGAAUCGAUAGUGCCAGCACCUACUUCAAGCGAACAGAGGGAGUAGCGGGCUUGAAGGAUGCACGAUUCCAGGCGUUGAUGCCUGAUGUGCUCAACUGGUUGGGCAUCACAAAGAUCGACAAUCUCAUCUCCAUGAGCGACAUGAAGUACGACGCCAUCAUCUCUUCCGGCAUCCGAGUCGGCCGUCGCUACGAGAUUCCUGCCGAAUUGAUUCCAACGGAUAGUCAAGUUGAGAUUCAAGCCAAGAUUGCAAUGGGUUAUUAUAGUGGUAAAGCGGGACCUGUAACGGAAGAAGACUUGAAAAAGACGGUGGGAAGAUCUUGGGAGGAUAUUGAGCACUGAGCACUGAGCACUGAGCAUCCAAGGAGCUCCUGAGUGUUGAGGUAAAGGGGGCAGGAAGAGAGCAUACACUGGCAUAUUUCUCGCGAGGUGUCAGCAUGUGUGGGUUGAGUGAAAUGCCGCUGUCACCACGUUGACAAUCACUGGUAGACUUUGUCCCUAGACGAACGCAAAUGACACAUCAGUGAUGAGCAAACGAAUCCAAUUAGAAGCGCCUACGUGAAAAGACCGUGGUGACUACGAAUAUAGCAGUGACAUGGAUAAGCAAAGCGCUCUUGACGCCUCCCUCUCUCCAACGUAUUCCCUCCGCCUCCCUUCUUGUCGCUCAUUUUCCAAGAUGUGUUGGUCCCCCAGCCACAGCCCCGGCCACAGCCUAGAGCUUUUCCUUUUCCUGUACAAAGCGCAUCAGGUACUUGAUCAUCCUCCAGCUCUCCUCUCCUGUCGGCCUAAUCAUCUCCGGCGGCAGUGUGA